CUGCUUGUUUAUUGAUUCACCUGGGGCAUAUGUCAUUCAUUUGUGGUGGUUUAAAUUAUACUACAGUAAUUGUCUUGUGUUUUUUUGAGGUUGCUUAUGCCAUGAAGUCUCCUGGUGGAUUUGUCUGGGCAGCCAAGAAUUACGAUGGAGAUGUCCAGUCAGAUACCCUUGCCCAAGGUUGGUAGUAUAUUUAUUGAUCAUGUGCUGUGAUGUGCUUUUUAAAGCCCAUUUAGAAAAUGCCUAUUAAACCUAUAUAUGCCCGUCGCUCCGGAUUCGGUGAAAUUUUAUCCGAAGUGAUAAUAUUUUCCGAAGGCGACGUCCCAUAUAUAUAUUUAGGAAAUAUCAUCACUGAGAAUAAUAUAUCGCCGAAUGCGGAGCGGAGCGUCUAUAACCUACUAAUUUGGGUAUACAUGCAGCUGUAAGCUUGCUAAGUCAUUUUCAAUUUGAGAUAUAAUAUUUACAUAACAUCUUCACCGAUCUCCAACCCAAUUCUUAGAUCGGUAUAUAUUGCUGCGAUUAUCAUUAAGUAAAGUAAAGUAUUAAGUACUGUUAGUAUGAUCCUGUAAUUCCUAAAUAACAAUCCUCAUGAUGUUUUAGGUUAUGGUUCACUUGGUUUGAUGACCAGUGUGUUGGUAUGCGCAGAUGGUAAGACCAUCGAGGCUGAGGCUGCUCAUGGUACUGUCACAAGACAUUACAGAGAACAUCAAAAGGUAUUGAAAUAUUAUACACCUUGUCUGAUUUUUGUGGAAAUGUUCGGCGAGGGUGGAAAAAUUUUAGGGAGGUGCGGCAGUCUGGACAACCCCUUGAAGUCAACGACAUGACAUAUGCAUGUACGUACUGUUGUGAUUUAUGACUGUACUCGUCCAAUUUCGUCCCUCGCUAAAACUCUACUUCUUGCUGAAAUUGCAUCAGAGAUGAAUAAGUACAGUAUCACUAUUUCAAUUUUUGAAUUAAUAAAAGAACUUGAUACCAACUUUGUUACUACACCCCAAGCAACACAUAAAAAUGUAGUAACAAACAUGAAAGUUAACUGUUAACUGUUGAGUCAAACUUUGAUUCUUAUCUAUCAUUUGACUUUUUUCAAGGGGAGGUGCAUGAAUUUUCAAAGGAGGUGCAAAAAUCUCAGAGGAGGUGCAAAAACAAUCUCCUCAAGAUCCGGCAAUGCUUUUCGCACAACACAUGCCUGUCCGCAGUCACUGAGUAGCCCUGACCGCAAUGCAGGUACUGCAUGUAGUACCAAUAAAUUUUGUCCAUACAGAAAAGUUGUACAUUUUAAUGUUUUGUAUUGCAGGGCAAUGAAACAAGUACAAACCCUAUUGCAAGUAUUUAUGCAUGGACACAAGGCUUAGCUCAACGAGCAAAACUGGACGAAAAUGAUGAACUACAAAAGUAAGUCGUAUUUUAAUUCAUUUUAAUUCCGGCGUUACUCACGGGAUGAAUUGAAGGCCUACUCUGGGGCGGUAAAUCGCCUUAAAUCGCUUUAAAUCGCCUAAAAUCGCAUUAAAUCGCGGGUUAAAAUUGUCGAAUUUCUCUUAAAUCGCCUAAAAUCGCUUAAAAUCGCCAACAUGCAUUCUGUUUGAUACAUUCAGUCCAUGUACUCAAGUUUAUCAAUUGCUGCUAUUUUAAAGGGCAAAUCAUGUAAU